UGUGGGGGAGGGGCGCUGACCAGGCGCUGCGCGGGGUUGACCUGCCUCCGUUUCCCCCCCAGCUCUGCGGCAUCGCCCUCAUCGUCAUCGGGAUCUUAGUGCAGAUCGAGCUCAACAAGACGCUGAUCAUGAGCAGCCCUUCGGCCUCGGGCGCCCCCAUCGUCAUCAUCGUGGUGGGCGUCGUCAUCUUCUUCGUCUCCUUCUUCGGCUGCUGCGGGGCCUCAAAGGAGAACUACUGCAUGGUCACCACGUUCGCCGUCCUGCUCACCUGUAUCUUCCUGGUGGAGAUCGCGGCUGCCAUCGCCGGGUACAUCUUCAAGGACAAGGUCCGCACCGUGCUCCAGGACGGCCUGGAGGAUGCCAUGAAGAAAUACAGCAAGGACCCACUGGUAGCGGAGACCAUGGAUGAACUGCAGAAGAAAUAUUCCUGCUGCGGCGCCCGUAACUACACAGACUGGUUCAACUACGAACCGUUCAAAGGCAAUAACAGCGUCCCCAAAUCCUGCUGCCAGGCGAACGCCACCAUGGCCACCUGCAACGUCAAUCCCACCCCUGACACCAUCAACGUCCAAGGCUGUGCGGAGAGCAUCGAGGCCUGGCUGAAGAAACAUAUCGUGAUAGUGGCGGCCGUGGCGCUGGGCAUCGCCUUCUUCGAGGUACCGAGGGCCCCGCCCCGGCCCCCUGUGCUCCUGGCCCCCCCGCUGGCCCCACCCCUGGACUCUGGUCCCGCCCCAUG